UCAAGAAGAGUGGAUUGUCACGGUGUGUUCUUAAAUGAUUAAAUGUAGUUAAAUGACAAUGAAAGAUGCCUACCUACACAUGUAGGAAAAACUACACUAAAACGUGCUGCUGUACACAAGGUAGUUGGCAUCUAAAACCACUUGCACUUAAGCGGUCGCAUAUAACAAUUAUUUAAAUAAAUACAACUUAAAGACAGUUAUUGCAGGAUCCCAAUAUCCUUUUAUUGGAUAAGGUCUUAUGACAGUAAGAUUAAACAAUUACUUUGAGUCUGAAAGUCUAAUAACUUGUGGAUAAUGUAUUGCAGAACCUCGUAAGCUUGAACAUUAUUCUGGAUGCAAUUCUGUGCCGUGACCGCUGGGUGGAGUGUGGGCCUUCAUGAAUAUAUAGACAGACAAAGAGUAAGAGAGGGCAGGUGUGUAAUGAGAGGGAAGCACAACAUGUCUGAAGGCAUCCCAUGGCUAUCCUAUAAGUAUUUUGUUCAGGGGCCUCUCCGUUCUCUCCAACGGUCUGAGGCUUUACAGACCAGGUCAGUGAUGGCAGAGGGAAGGUGUGCUCUUCUCAUCCCAUGCAGCUGCGCUCUCUUCACUGGAGAGGCGGUGUGAAGAGAUCAUGUUUGUGAUCUGCUGACUCUAGGAUCUCCUCCUGUAUUCUGUCAAGCUGUCUCACCUCCUCCCUGUAGGCCUGAUCGUUGUCGCGUUGCCUUCAUAUUUUACAACAUGGUUUGUACUGAACCUGGCAAAGCAGUCGUGUAUCAUCGUUGUGAACAAUAAUGGUCUCAGGACAUAGCCCUGAGGGGAACCAGGGAUCUGAGAAAUGACAUUUCUAAGAAAGUCCAGUAUCCGGCUGCACAAGGGGAUACCAAGGUUUGCUUACCAAAUGUCCGUGCCAUACAUGGAGUCCACACGAGUGUUCCUCUCCUCCAGAUGGGCCAGACAGGAUACAGCGUCCUUUCUGGAGCAAAACUGGAAAGGAUCAAAUGGAGGGAGUCUUGUAUUGAUAAGGACAUGAUUUCAUUGUGAAAUGUAUAUUUGCCCUCACAAGGUAGUGGAGCAACCUUGUAGCCUGUGACGGACUGUAUGCCUUGCCACAUGGACACGUGUUUUCCUGCUGUAGGCCCGUAUCACAGCCCUAAUGGUCUGGUUGAGGUUGGCUCUUGGUUGGCCUCCUCAUUCAUCCAGGGUAAUCUGCAAAGAUUCUCCCUACCUGUGUGCUGCAAUCAAAUUUCAUAGGUUAGGAUUUUAAAACCCCCGUAAUUUUAAAACUUAACUACCUUACUAACAAUUAAGUUAAUUGGAAGUAUAUUGAGAGAAAAUGCAUGUGGUUUCUUAAUAGCCAUAAUUGAAUCUUUACAAACGAAGGGUAGAAGACCGGUCAGGGUAGAGGUAAACUCAAUCUACCAUGAAAACCAGGUUAAAAGAUCUAAACACCUCAUACUGGACCGAAGCCUUUCAAGAACUCAAUGUGAAAGCGGCUUUGAGUGAGCCAGACUCAAACAUCUCUGAACACUACCUGGAUCUGUGCCAAGAUCAUACCCACUGCAACAAUCACCGACCAAAGCCUGUACCUCACUAUUCAUUUUCUAGUGUAACAUGUCGUUUUUCAGUACUCGUGUCUGGACGGUUUGGCUUUGUCAGGUCAAGUUUUGAGUUGGGGACAUUUUAUAUGAAAUGCCAUUUCCCUUAGGAAGGUGCUUCGAGGCUGAGGUGAACUGUGCAUACAUACAUACAGCCUUUAAAACUCUACGGUUUUAGCUUUCACGAUAGGAACAUUUCAUACGAUCACGGAACGCUUUACAGGGAAAUAAAACCGUCAUCAGCGAAGAAAAAGAGGAUCGGGGCACUGCUCUUUGCUCGCCUUCGAAUAUCUCAGCCUGUGUGAAACAUGACGACCGGUCCCGUAGAUGCGGAGGUGCAUGUUGGGUACGAACGGGGUGAUUCCGAUACGGGAUGUUUACUGUAACGCGCAUCAGCAGCGCGGGCGGUCACGUGAUCCCGAGGAGUCCCGUCCCGCACGCGAGAGAUGUCCGUUCAUCGGUUCUCGCUCGGUGAUUCAGCUCAUACGGUCCCGGAGCAGAUGCCCGUUAGUCCGAGAUUCGCCUGCAGUCAGCGGUGUCAGUGAAAGCGGCUGCGUCAGCACAGAAGCCCCGCGUCGCGCCUCGCCUCGCCUCGCCUCGCCGCAGUGUCCUUUAGGUCGUGGGCAGAGUCAAGUUUUGAUGGACCGCAUGAAGAUAAUUAAAAAGCGCCUGUCCAUGAGCUUGCAAAGUGUACGGCGUGUGGACGAGAGUCUCUCAGAGCUUCCUGAACAUACCGGGCUGGAUGAGCCUCCCUUGUCACGAGAUAGUGGUGUAGUCCAUCGUAAAAUAUGGUCAGAUGGAGAAAGUGAUCAAGCCUCAGGAACGUCUUCUGAUGAAGUUCAGAGUCCUGUUAGAAUGCGUAUGCGCAACCUUCAGCAGCGCAUCUCUAAUGAGGACAUCAAUAAACGUCUCUCACUGCCAGCAGAUAUUCGUUUGCCAGAAGGUUACCUGAAGAAAUUUGCAACAAACAGUCCCCCAUUUGACAAACCUCUAAGUCGAAGACUUCGCAGAGCGUCACUUUCAGAAAUCGGAUUUGGAAAAUUAGAGACAUAUGUCAAACUGGACAAAUUGGGAGAGGGCACAUAUGCAACAGUGUUUAAGGGUCGUAGUAAACUAACGGAUAAUCUAGUGGCUCUGAAAGAAAUCAGGCUGGAGUACGAAGAAGGCGCACCUUGCACCGCCAUACGAGAAGUGUCUCUUCUGAAGAACUUGAAACAUGCCAACAUUGUCACCCUCCACGACAUCAUUCACACAGAGAAGUGCCUUACACUAGUCUUUGAGUACUUGGAAAGGGACCUCAAACAGUAUUUGGAUGACUGUGGGAGCAUAAUGAGCAUUUAUAAUGUAAAGAUUUUCCUGUUUCAGCUAUUGCGAGGCCUAGCUUAUUGCCAUCGGCAGAAAGUUUUGCACAGAGACCUAAAACCUCAGAACCUUCUCAUCAAUGACAGGGGAGAGCUCAAACUUGCUGACUUCGGUCUUGCACGUGCAAAGUCAGUGCCCACAAAGACAUUUUCUAAUGAAGUAGUCACUCUCUGGUACAGACCUCCUGAUGUGCUGCUAGGAUCAACAGAGUACUCCACCUCUAUUGACAUCUGGGGUGUAGGUUGUAUAUUUUACGAAAUGAUCACAGGACGCCCCCUCUUCCCUGGCUCAACAGUGGAAGAUGAGCUUCAUCUUAUAUUUCGUAUACUGGGUACUCCUACUGAAAAGUCUUGGCCAGGAAUUAACACCAAUGAUAACUUCCUUUCAUACAACUUUCCCCAUUAUGAUGGAGAACCUCUGAUUACUCAUGCACCCAGGAUUACCAAUGAUGGACAUGAUCUACUAUGCCAGUUAUUACAGUUUGAAGCACGGCAACGUAUUUCUGCAGAAGUGGCUCUCCGGCACAUUUAUUUUAGAGACCUGGGAGAAAAAGUGCAGGACCUGGCUGACACUACCUCCAUCUUUUCUGUCAAGGAGAUCCGACUUCAGAAAGACCCAGGAAAACACUUCCCAGCUCAAAGAGAGUUGGCAGUGGUCCAUCGAAUGGGAUCCGCUCCUCCUGAACACUUUCUUCCUGAAGGAGUAAAUCAUCUUCUACAUCCUGCCCCGCUCUCUUCAUAAAUGUGCUCUUAAGAGCAAGCACUUUCCUUGCAUUUCUUUGUAUUUGUUUCUGUAAGUAUCUUUUUAUUAUUAUUUAUUUGCACAUUUUUUUCUGUAUGUAAAUAUCUGUAUAAAUUGAAGUAGAGAACAAUAUGCACAUUGAUAGGCAUCAAGCACCAAAGAUGUGUAAUGUCUGUGAUGGAAAUCUUAGGCAGCCCAAACAAGCAUAGGGUAAAAAGUUUCUAGUAAUGGCAUGAUCUCUUAUGUCAUAAAAUGUAGUCUUCCACUUUAAAGUGAGGUUAAGUCAAAUUCAGUACCAGCCAUAUUGGAAAAUUCCCUUUCUUGGAUUUUUGCUAAAUGUUUAACCAGUUUUUUUCAGUUGGGUAGGGUUAGGGUUUUUCUUCUCUGAAAAUGUGUCCAAUGUUGACCAUUUUUGAGUCCCACAUCAUGCCACUGUAUUUGAAAUGCAUUAAAACAAUAAAAUGGCCUUGCCUGUCCAAACCAAACAGAUUUGUAUAAUUCAGCAAUCCUUUGGUAGUAUUUCAUAGUGAAGAUGCCAAAGAGGAAGAGAAGCUACUUCUGAGUAUGUAUGUAUAAGCUGGUAUGUGUCUUUGGAAACAUGGAUACCUUAGCAGUUUCCCAAAGGUUCCACCUAGUGGUCUUUCCCGGCUCAUCCUGUUUAAACAUUGCAAGUGUGUUUCUUAAACAGAAGUCUGCGUUCUCAGUUUAGAGAUCCUGUUUUGUGUCCUUCAUUUAGCAUGUUUCGAAGGCACCGAACUGGACCACUUUCAUUAUAGACAAAAAAAUUGUUGAAGAUGACGGCAUUAUGUGUUGUUAGAAAUGAACUACCCACUAUGUAAACUAAUGGAAGACAGCAUAUAGCUGAAAUUCACUUCACUGUAUUCAUAGAAAGUCAUUUAAUAUAAUGAUUUAUUUUUAUAGUUUUUUUGGGCUGUGGCUGCAGGGGUGGAAAUUGUUAUGACGAUGAAUUGGAUUAUAAGAUGUGUCCAUCUGGAACAACAAAGACAUAACAUAAUGAUAGAAAUAAAUGGCAAGCACUAUUUUUUUAAUAAAGUCUAUCAAAUGCAGUGGCGUUUGUCACUAUGGAUUGCUGCUACAGUUAACUGCCUCAGUCAGAUGUGCAGUGAAGCGACAGAGGCGUGAAAACUUAGUUUUCAGGUCACUUGUUGAUUGAAUAGAUCUUAAUUAUGAUUUCAGGAAGUCUUAAUUUGGGGAUGUUAAGACAAGAUUUGAGAUACAGCUUAAUGUCAAAAUUACACUUGGAAAGGUUAUGAUACUGUUUUCAAUAUGCCAGUCUGCUGUUUUUGUUCAGACCAAUGUGGAAAUGAAUCCAUGGUUUUAUGCAGCAAACAUGCAGCAUAUAUUUAUAUCUUAUUUAAUUAACAUAAUCAAUGACCAUCUCAUUUUAUUAUUGAGUGCUGAGGACUUGUGCUAGAAAGCUCACUAGGAUGCAGACUUUUUGCUUAAGAAGCUCCCCAUAUUUGGGUCUUCACACCGUGACCUCUGACGAUUUUCAGCAAUACCAAUACUUCUAGAGGCUUCGACAAUUCUGUGGGUCAAAUCCAAAAUAAGCCAGUAGUUGUUUGGCGUUAUUACCAUUUUGUUUAAUGUCAUGCAAUAAUAGUCAUGUCAAGUGAUUUUUGAUUGACUGAUCACCCUCUUCAGCUCAGGGGAAGACUUAUCAACAAAGUGUUUCAUCUGAACUCAGAUUGGGGUUUAAGUACCAUUAGUGCACAACUACCGCUGAACUUGACAUUUGAUACGUAACAAAGAGCAUGCAAUCGACACUGAAGACAAAAACUCUAAGAUUGGUUUUCUGUAGAAGCUAAGCAUACGGUCAUAUCUGAAGUGUGGUGUUCAUUUAUACAUGUAAAUAUGCUUAGUACUGGUUUCACUAAUACACAGUCAUGUGUGCACAUAUGCAUACUGUGGUCUAAAAAAUUGUUAAUAAUUGUUCAAUUCAAUCCUAAUGUGUCUACCUAAGGCUGUGGAAGAGUGUGUAAGUGACCAGGGGCCUCAUUUAUAAAGCACGUAUACGCUCAGAUUUGUUCGUGGAGUGUUUCGCCUAAAUCCAUGGCAACACUUUUUUAAAAUCUCUCUUCGACGUGGAAAAGCGCACAGUCAGGGUCUGAGCAUUGUUGGAAUAUUGCAGUUUUCUGAAAAUGUAAGCUGUUCUUGCAGCUUGCGGCUCUAAAUUAUGAUGAGUAGUGAUAUUUAAUGUUAAUGACAUUAACUAGGAGUCGUUUACAAGCAGAGAGUUGAAACCAUUUUUUUUAUGCGCAAGUUCAAGAUCAUUUGCAAUUUAUUGAUUUUACAUCUGAAAGAGAGGCAUACACUUGUUGUGCAUAUCUGAGAAAUGAAUGCAAGAUGACAUUUAGGAUCAUUUCUGGGCAAGAUUUUAUAAAUGAGGCCCCUAGUAACAAAACGUUGACUAGUUCAGUGUCAGCAUACAGUCAUUUACAUGCACUUGCUCGAGUGCAUCCAGUCUCAUUGCAGCUCUCAAAAGUAAUAUUUUAUAUUUGAAUAUAUAUGUAUGUAUGUGUGUGUAUAUAUAUAUAUAUAUAUAUAUAUAUAUAUAUAUAUAUAUAUAUAUAGGUUUUGCUAUUCUGGUUAGAUGAUUCUGUAUUUCAUUGGCUCUGUACUCUACUCUGCACAAUGAUAAUAAAGUUGAA